CACUCAACUGCCACAAGGACAGUAUAAAAGCAGUUCAUUUUUGCAUAGUCCUACAACAUUUGUAAUUUCGUCGCAUUUGAGCACCUUACGGAUCGCUAUGGCUAACGAGAAUUCAACUUUCGCCUUUAGUUUUACAGGCGACAAGCGCAUUUUUCAUCACAUCAUUGAGGUGGACGGCCUCCGCAAGGGGUGCCCUCACUGCGUUACUACGUGCAAUACCAGCGCUCCAUUAGCCGAGCACUGGCAAAAAGAUUUCGACGUUAUUGACGAAGAUGACAAAGAUAAAAUUAGUCAGCGCAUGGGACGACUAGCGGUCAUCGAUGAAGGUCCUGUCACACAUUUUAUUACUCGCGAUGACGCCAGAGACAUCUUUUGCUCCUUUAUCUACAAUACUAGAACAUACGAGGUACCGGCACUGCUGCGUUUCAUAUUUCCCUUGGCCACACGACUGUACAUCAAAGUGCAUAUUUACACGAAUGUUGCCGACACGACGUUCGUAUUGUUCAGCAGCAACGAAGUGGAGUUGGCACAUCAUCUCGAUAUCAAACCAACCGUGGAUGUUAUAUUUCAAGCGUUAAUGACGAAAAUCGAUCAGUACAUGUGCACGAACUAUGGCAGGAGAUUUGUGUCAUACAAAGUGCCGCGUAUAAAGGUGAAAGUGCGACGAGAAAAAAUACAAAGUUGGUAUGCUUGCUCGCGAGCAAACGGCAAGUCGAUGAAUCGAUUCGAAAUGCCCAUGCAGUAUUGCUUGAAGAAUGCAACGAUCCAAUUAAAACAGCCUUGGCUUACCGACGCGGAAAUGACCAGAGUGAACUUGUACUGUUUUCGUUUUUGUGAGGACACACACGAGGUGUAUGUUGUGCCGCAUCAGCUAAAGAACGUACGCGAGGUAGUACCACCCAACGCGGAAAUCUGGCCAUGGUAUAAGCGUUAUGUUUCGCUAGGCUCUGAUUAUAUAAUGAUACAAAAUACUGAAGGCAAACUCGACCAACUUUUGGAUAUAACGAACUUGAAUCGUUUCCUACAACCCGAACCGUUCGAUCCAGAUAAGAAUAUCUGUUUGAAGUGUAAAGCUAAAUUUGCGAAUAUCAGCGAAUUACUGGUGCAUGAGAAGCUUAAUUGUGGCGAGGAUAUUGAGGUGCUCACGCUGGAGAAGGAUGAUGAGUAUUACGCGUAUGGGAGCAUACCCGUGGGAUAUCCAGGGUUUGAGUCGAAAUUUUAUUUCCUUUGUAGAGAGUAGUCGAUGAGUGUUUUUGCUGUUAUAUGUUAUGAAAAAAAAUCAAUAAAUUAUGUAUAUAUGUUUGUUUAUUCCUUAUAAAUAAAAAA